AUGACGAUUCUGGAGGGCUUCCGCAGGCUUCCGCGCGAGCUUCGAGACCAGAUCUACGAAGAAUACUUCAUCCUUCAGGGUGGGUAUCACUACAACCAUAAGACCAACAAGCUGCUUACAGCGAAGGGCAAGGCUAUCGAUCUCAAUCUGAGGUUGGCCAGCCGUCAGACAGCUGCUGAGACUCGCGGGCUCGCGCUCAAGCUGAACACAGUUAACUUCUCAACUGUAUACGACAGCGACCUUAACCAGAGAGCCGGCCACUUCAAUUCUCUUCUGAAUCUGAUCAACGAGUGGAAGGGACGAUACUUGCUCCGUGAAGCUCCCCGGUCCGGCUUAUUCGAUGAUCAAAGCAUCAUACACACUUUCUUCCUGUUCUAG